AUGUUUAACGGAACAAGCAGCGCUAUUACGGCAACUUCCUUGCUAAAAACUUCCACAGGCAGUGUUAGUCAAGGUACGGAGACUAUGAAGGUCGAAAACGUUUCUAAACCUGCCACAUCGAAAGAUAAUACGCGUGACAGUUCAGAGGAUCUCCUUGAUCUCAAGGGAAAAGUAGAAUCACGUUUACUAUCAAUGUGGAACAAUGUUAAAUUCGGAUGGACUGUUAAAAUUAAAACCAAUUUUUCCAAAGAGUCUCCCGUCUGGUUACUAGGUCGAUGUUACCAUCGUAAAUUGAGUCCUACAGGAUCUUUGGAAUCUUCUACCGAAAUUGGCACAGAAGCCACAGCUCAUGAACAGGUGGAACAAAUAUAUGGCGAAGGAAUUGAAGGGUUUAAGUCGGAUUUCAUAAGUAAAAUUUGGAUGACAUAUCGAAGAGAGUUUCCCACUAUGUCAGGAUCCUCUUUCACUACAGAUUGUGGUUGGGGUUGCAUGCUUCGUAGUGGACAAAUGAUGUUAGCUCAAGCUCUUGUAUGCCAUUUCCUUGGUCGCUCAUGGAGGUGGUCAGAAAAACCAAUACAAAAUGGUAGAGAAUUCCAAGAAGACUGCCUCCAUCGCAUGAUUAUUAAGUGGUUUGGUGAUAAGUCAUCUGUUAAUAGCCCUCUUUCCAUUCAUCAGAUGGUAAGUUUAGGUGAAGCAUUGGGAAAAAGGCCCGGGGACUGGUAUGGUCCUGCAUCUGUAGCUCACUGCCUUAAAUCAGUCAUGGUCGAGGCUUCGAAAGAAAACUAUGAAUUUGAUAAAUUAGAAGUUUAUGUUGCUCAAGAUUCAACUAUCUACAUUCAGGAUGUGUACACACAUUGUAGAUUGCCUAAUGGUUGUUGGAAAUCACUCAUACUGUUGGUACCUGUAAAAUUGGGUACUGAAAGGUUAAACCCUAUUUAUGGUCCCUGCUUAACAUCGCUUUUGACACUAGAUUUCUGCAUUGGAAUUAUUGGUGGCCGUCCCAAACAUUCCCUUUAUUUCGUGGGAUAUCAAGACGACAGACUUAUACAUUUGGAUCCUCAUUACUGCCAGGAAAUGGUUGAUGUGUGGCAGCCGAAUUUUUCCCUGCAAACAUUUCAUUGUCGUUCGCCACGGAAAAUGCCUAUCAGUAAAAUGGAUCCAUCUUGCUGCAUAGGUUUCUAUCUUCAAACACAUCAUGACUUUGAAACUUUUGUGAAUGUUAUAAAUACGUUCCUGACUCCCCAAGGCAUUUCUUCCAGUAAUGAGUACCCGAUGUUCACACUUCAUAGUGGUUCUCGCAGCACAGUUAUGAACCCACCUAAUAUUAGAUACUCAAUAUAUGAAUCGGAACACAAUUGGGCUGCUCCAAAUUUACAAGACAGUGACACAGACAUGGAAUCAGAAGAAUUUGUUUUACUUUAA